GUUAAGUUUAAUAGUAAAUAAUAGUAUUUUCUCAAAUGGUAUAUUACUAUAUUUACAGACUUAAGGAAUAUAUAUGGACAAACACAGUGAACUUACCAUUAGUUUGAUUACUUGUUAUCAUGGCGGAACAGUAAUUAAUAAUUAAUUGGUAGAAUGGGAGACUAAUGAUAGUCUAGUAAGUAUAUUAUAAAAUGAUGCAUUUCUGUCCCUCUCUUCUUCUCCUUUAAUCAUUUUCCCUCUACUUUCUCUUGCCUUACAGAUUAAGUUCCACACAAGAUGAUCCAUGUCGAAGUCAAUGAAAUUUCUGCAGUCCACUCCGCAUGCGCUUCCUUCAUGGCGAAGAACAAAAACACCAUCACCCAAACACUGAUGAAGCCAUCUACUUCUACUUGCAGCAGCUCCACUCAUACUACUGCUUUUGCAGUGAUCAACCCGGAGGUUCUUGAAAGUGGUAUGAGUACUGUAGGGCAUUUAGCAGACUACGAGGUUUGGUCGGAGCAUAAAGGCGUGAACUUUCCUCCUUCAACCAACGAUUGGUGUAACCGUAGUUUGAAUCAGAGCGGAGAAGAGAAGUGGGCAAAACACUACAGUAACCGCCACAAGAUUCUGUUGGUGGGUGAAGGAGACUUUUCGUUCUCCGCCAGUUUAGCUGCGGCUUUUGGGUCUGCUUCUAACAUCACUGCCACUUCCCUUGACUCUGAAAGGGGUUUGUGGAAAGUUUAUGACAGAGCUGUUUACAACAUUGGAGAAUUGAUGAGAAAGGGAUGCAAAGUGAUUCAUGGUGUUAAUGCUGCUGCCAUGGAUUCUCAUCCCUCCUUGAAGGGCUUGACAUUUGAUCGUAUAAUUUUCAAUUUUCCAUUUGCUGUCAUUUCCAAGAAGAGCAAAAAAUCUCGACCUCGUCCACACCGAGUCCUGGUAAAGGCAUUUAUGAGAGCUGCCAGGGAGAUGAUUUGUGAGAAUGGUGAAAUCCAUAUCACUCAAAGAACAGAUGGGAUUCUUGGUGAAUUGAAAAUAGAAUUCAUUGCAUUUCAGCAGUGGCUUGAACUUGUUGGAGUUGAUGAUUUCAAUGUUUCUGAUUAUCCGGGUUACAGCCCUAAAUGGGAAACAGGAAGCUAUAGUAAUGCAGACUACUUUCCUAGUAAAACUUACAAGUUCCGACGUAGUCCUAAGAUUGUUCCUCUUGCAGCAGCUACAAAACCAGCAAACAGCAGUGCUGUUAGUGUUGAUUGUGUCCCAAAAUUUGCCAAUGCCAAGAUCCUUUGUAGCACUAAUGCUCCAAAUUUCCUAACCACAACCUCGAAUUUUGAUGUAGUGCCACCAUGUUUCGAGCAGUCCUUUAAUCUUGCCCACCAGCAUUCUAAGGGGUUUUGCUACGGCUUGAAUUUCAAUUUGCAGCCAGAGUGGUACCCUUCUCCUUCCAUGAUAUUGCCCCCAUAUGGGGGAGCUGCUGCUUAUACUACUGCAGAAUAUCACCAUAAUUUUCUUCCUUCGAGUAGAUACUGCAGUAACUAUAAUUUUCUGAAGCAGAAUGAAAGAGUGCAGCGACAAGUGAUCAAGACGGGAUUCGUGGUAGCAGAAGAAGAGAAAUGGAUAAAACACUACAGCAAUCGCCACAAGAUUCUGCUUGUGGGUGAAGGAGACUUCUCCUUCUCUGCCAGUUUAGCUGUCGCCUUUGGUUCUGCUACUAACAUGACUGCAACUUCUCUUGAUUCCGAGGAGUUCUUGACUUUCCAUUACUGCAAAGCUUUUCUCCACCUUAAAGAGCUGAAAAAAAGAGGGUGUAAGGUGAUUCACGGUGUUGAUGCUACCUCCAUGGCAUACCAUCCCAGCUUGAUGGGCUCGAUGUUUGAUAGGAUUAUCUUCAACUUUCCAUAUGCUGGAUUUUACAAUGAUUCAUCCCGCGAAUCUAAGAUUGGUUGUCAUCAAUCCAUGAUAUGGAUGUUCCUGGAGAAUGCCAAGCAGAUGAUCGGUGAAAAUGGCGAAAUCCACAUCACCCACAAGACCAAUGGAUUCCACCAGCAAUGGAAUAUAGUUUCUCUUGCAACUCAGCAGGGGCUUGUGCUUGUUGGGAGUGUUAAGUUUAACGUUAGUGAUUAUCCAGGUUAUAGUAACAAGUAUGGGUUUGGGGGUGACAAUAGUUUCGACUGCUCUCCUAGUAAAACUUACAUGUUCCAACAUCCUCGUACUGCAUCCAUGUAGUUGUUUGUGGCCUUCUUUGGGUUUAGGUUGCUGAUCAUAAUCUGAUAUGUCAUGCUGCCAUGCUACCAUGUUCUUGCAGCCAGCUUGUAAACUGUUUGUUUUUCUUGGUUGUCUGUGAUAAUGGAUUUUUAUUAAGCAAUUUGCCUACAUCCAUAGGAUUUGAGUU